AGGAAAGCCGUUAAAGCAUGCCAUCUCCUUACAGACGACAUUGGACCUGGCUAUCUAUGUCUGCACGACAUGGCAACCCUGCAGCUUGGAAGGACGUAAGGCUGCGGGGUUCCGUCCGCGUCCACAGGAAGAUCGAUGCGCUCCUGAACAAAAUCGCCGCGAAGCAGGAUGUGUUUAGAGAGCUUGGCGCGACGCAGAUGCAGACGCACACGGAUGUUUUCGAGGCGGAGGGGCGGAGGGAGCUUUGUGGGGUGAGGGAGGAUGUUGCGUGUUGCAGGCGUGAGGUUGCUGCUGUUCGGGCUGUGAUGGUCAAUCAGUGGGUGAGGGCGUUGUCUGGGUUGAUUGUAAGGAUUCCACCACGGGAUCCGGCGUGUGGUGGUGGUGGUGGUGAUGGUUCUUGGGAGGAUGACUUCCCGGCGACACGGAAUCCUACACUACCCACAUCCCGUGCUAGCAAGACUAGCGACGCAUUGAACGCGACGGAUCCCAGUCUCGUUCAGUUCCUCACGAUACGAGAUGCUGCGUCCGAGUAUCCGAUGCGGUGUCUACGGGCCCUGGCGGCGGUCUGGGGCCUAGCCUUCGACCUCCUUGAGCGGCCACCGGAUCUUGUCGUCCAUACUGGCGAAGUUUCACGGCGAAAUUGA